AUGGCACCUGCUCACCCUCAGAGAACACAUGCAGACGUGGAUGGGGCCACUGUGCAAAUGGCCGGACCAGCACUCAGCCAGUGCUCAAAUUCCACAUGGGACCUGUAUCAGGCGAACGGGUUCUUCUGCUGCGAGCCUGGUGACAUUGGCUUUACGAGCACAGAGCAAAAGACGAGAGGGUAUUUGGGUUGUGCGAAAAAUGGUACGCUGGAUGAGGAUGUUAUGAGCCCGAUUUCUGAUGGAAAUAAUGUAGUAUCUACUUCUACGUCUGCGACCGCGCCACAUUCAUCUACAAUACGCCCUCCGGUCAUGGCAUCCCCGACUGUGACACCAUCCACAACUCCGACUCCAAGCGAGCAUAGCACCGCGAACACAGGCACGAAGAUUAACAAGGGCGCCAUUGCGGGUGGCGUUGUUGGUGGUUCGUUUGCAGUAGCACUUAUUGUUGUGAUAGCUUGGCUGAUCCUCCGUCGCCGCCGAUCUAAAGCCUCUGUCGAAGGAGAGAAGACAUUCCCAGGCCUCUCGGGGGAUUCAAGGUCCAAGCCUUCAUCGACUAAUCCACAAGCGCAACCACUAUCGGAGCUUUCGGAGGAGAGAGGGUCCGGGAUGUGUAGGGAGAGUACUACCAGGGCUGAACUUCCUGCCCGACAGGUUCUAGCUGAGCUUCCCGAGCACCUGUAG